AUGCUUUACAAACAUACCAACAACCAGAAGAACCCAAGAACUCUAUAUCCCAAGAAGGAGGAACAGGAGGAGCGCAUUGCUGCGCAGACCACUCAAACUCGUAAGAGUAUAGUUGGCCUAGAAGAUGUCAAAUUGCUCUCAUCUCAAUUACAAGAAAUGUCCUAUCCUGGUGCUACCACAACGUUGGAACAAUCCCAAACUACUUUGGCAAACAGUUACGUUAUCCCCAGACAUGGGUUACCAGAGGAUGUAGCCUAUAAUUUGGUUCAUAAUGAGUUAAAUUUGGACGGUAACCCUCACUUAAAUUUAGCUAGUUUUGUUAACACGACUACGACCGAUAUUGCUAAUAAGUUGAUUAAUGAAAAUAUCAAUAAGAAUCUGGCAGAUAAUGAUGAAUACCCGCAAUUGAUUGAAUUGACGCAACGUUGUAUCUCUAUGUUGGCUCAAUUAUGGAAAUGUAGCCCUGAUUUGGAACCAAUUGGAUGUGCCACAACGGGGUCCAGUGAAGCCAUUAUGUUAGGUGGUCUUGCAAUGAAGAAGAAAUGGGAACAUAGGAUGCAAGAUGCUGGUAAGGAUAUUUCCAAACCCAACAUCAUCAUGAGUUCUGCCUGUCAAGUUGCCUUGGAAAAAUUUGCAAGAUAUUUUGAAGUGGAAUGUAGAUUGGUUCCUGUGUCCAAGAAGUCCCAUUAUAUGUUGGAUCCUAAAUCGUUAUGGGAUUACGUGGAUGAAAAUACUAUUGGGUGUUUUGUCAUUCUGGGUACGACUUAUACUGGUCAUUUGGAAAAUGUUGAGAAGGUAGCCGAUGUUCUAACGGAGAUUGAAAAUCAAAAUCCAACAUGGAGCAAUAAAGAUAUUCCAAUUCAUGUCGAUGGUGCAUCUGGUGGGUUUAUUGUUCCCUUGUCCUUCCAUACAGACCAUAUGAAACAAUACGGAUUACAACGUUGGGGGUUCAACCAUCCACGUGUGGUAAGUAUUAACACAAGUAGUCAUAAAUUCGGGUUAACCACACCUGGGUUAGGUUGGGUUCUAUGGAAGGAUGAUUCGUACCUUUCAAAUGAAUUAAGAUUCAGAUUGAAAUAUUUAGGUGGUAUUGAAGAGACCUUUGGUUUAAAUUUUUCCAGACCUGGGUUCCAAGUUGUUCACCAAUAUUUCAAUUUUGUUUCAAUGGGAUUGAAUGGUUAUAAGGCAUUAUUCAAGAAAUCUAUAUUUGUUUCCAGAGUAUUUGCUCAUAGUUUACUUACAAGUAAGAAGAUGCCCGGAUAUUUUGACAUUGUUAGUAGUACUCAUGAACGUAUUUCUGAUGGUGGGAUCCCAGACUAUGUUUCAGACUAUUGGGACAAUACACAAGACUAUAAACCUGGUAUCCCUCUAGUUGCCUUCAAAUUAUCCGAUGAAUUCCAUGAAAAUUUCCCAGAAAUUCCACAGGCCAUGAUUUCAUCAAUGUUAAGAAGCAGAGGAUGGAUCAUCCCCAAUUAUCCACUACCAAAAUCUACAGAUGACUCUGACCAAUGCGAAGUGUUAAGGGUGGUCUUCAGAAGUGAAAUGAAGUUAGAUUUGGCACAAAUGUUGCUCAUUGACAUUGAAGGCAUCAUUACUAAAUUGCUGUAUAGCUACACAAAGGUGUCCAAGGAAGCGCAACACAUGCAAGCCACACCGGAGAGCAGACGUUCUUUCAUUUACGAGAUGUUACUAGCAUUAGCGUCGCCAGAAGAGGGCGACACGGAAACAAACCCGGAGUUGAAGGAAAGAACCUCCAGGAACUACAGAGGUACCUGCUAA